GUCGGUGCAGUCUCGCCCGGGAGCGCGAGAGAGAAGUUUGUUAUUUUAUGUUGGGGAAUUGAACGUAGUAGAGAGAGACAGCAGAUAUCAAGAGUGAGAGAAACUAGUUGAAUCGUUUCGAAAGAGAUAAGUAAGAGGGAGAAGGACGAGUACAUCGUGUAAGACGCACUGUGGUAUCCGCACACGGGGCGAGCCGGUCAAUCGCACCACUUCGCGGAGUGUACUUUUGACCGCAUGCACUUUCAAGUAAGAGACUGGCAAACCGAAGUGCGAGGAAAAAGAACAGCGUAAACGAGAAGGAAGGAGCGAAUACGCAAUGCAAAGUAGAGGCUAGACCGCGUGGUAGCUUUUGAAAUUACACUAGUGACUGUCUCGUUCAAUAACAAAGUGCAUUGUUAUUGUUGAUCGAUAUCUACUGUGAGAGAGAAAUAGGAAAGGAAAGAAGAAGAGAGAACUAUCGUGGCAGAAAGUACCAAGAGGUUGGCAACUGUGGUGGUGUCGCUGCGCUGGGUGGUAUUAGUGGUGGUGGUGCACCGUGAUACAGUGGUGGAACGAAGGCAUGAAGGACAUGACCGUGAGUAGGAAGAGGGUUGUUAUGGGGCGAGACUCCUGUGAUGUGCUGCUACUCAUUGCGUUGGCCUCAUUUGCUGCGCUGGCAGGGACGGAUGCCUUUUCGACAGAAAGUAAACUGGCUUGUCCUUUAAGACAGUUCCGAUGUAACAAUGGUAGAUGUAUACCGAUUUCGUGGGUCUGCGACAAAUCGGAUGAUUGUACUGACAAUUCCGAUGAAAGCCCAGAGGAAUGUAAAAAUACCCAGGAAUGCAAAGAAUCAGAGUUCAAGUGCACCAGUGGCAGAUGCAUACCUAAUAUAUGGCAUUGUGAUGGUGACCGGGAUUGCCCAGAUGGCGUGGACGAGGAUUCUGCUGUCUGCAGAACCAAGACCUGCACGCCGGAACAAUUCACGUGUCAUUCGGGAAAUGGCGAGUGCGUGGCAUUAACAUGGAUGUGUGACGACAACCCGGACUGUUCGGACGGUUCGGACGAGGCUGAGUGCAACGACACUUGCCGAUCUGACGAGUUUACCUGUGCGAAUAAGCACUGCAUCCAACAGCUGUGGGUAUGCGAUAAUGACAAUGAUUGCGGAGACAACAGUGACGAGAAAGCUUGCGGACCGAUAACUUGUCAUCCUGGCACUGAUUUUGCGUGCUCCGAAAAUUAUUGCAUAACAUCGCGAUGGAGAUGUGACGGUGACUAUGAUUGUCCUGAUCGAUCUGAUGAGAUAGGAUGUCAGGAACCUGCAAAUGGAGAAAAAAUAAACCAUUGCAACAAAGAAUUUGAUUGCAACGACGGCAUAACUUGCAUACAUCAGACUUGGGUAUGCGAUGGUGAAAAGGACUGCCCAAAUGGUGCGGACGAAUUCCCGCGGAUAUGUCAGAAUGUUACAUGUAGACCUGAUCAAUUUCAAUGCGAAGAUCAACGUUCUUGCAUAUCAGGUCAUCUGUAUUGUAAUGGUAAAACUGAAUGUGCUGACGGAAGCGAUGAAAAGAAUUGCACGGGCAAAAUCACAAGCUGUGAUCCACAGAUUCAGUUCGAAUGUAGCGAAGGCUCAUGUAUUCCUCUAGAACAUGUUUGUAACAAAAAUCCUGAUUGCAUAGGCUGGGAAGAUGAGAGCAUUCAAUACUGUGGCGUAAAUGAAUGUGCAAAGAAUAACGGUGGAUGUUCGCAGAUUUGUGUCGAUUUACCUAUUGGUUAUCGAUGCGAUUGUAAUGAAGGCUAUAGGCUCAUCGAUAAUCGCACGUGUGAUGAUAUUAAUGAGUGUUUGGAGCCUGGCAGCUGUUCUCAAUUCUGUCAGAAUGAAAAGGGCAGUUUUAAAUGCAGUUGUGCCACCGGUUAUCUUAAAGAUCCACGGAAUUUAACACGUUGUAAAGCAGCUGAAGGUCAUGCGAGUUUGUUGUUCGCUCGUCGACAUGAUAUCAGAAAGGUAGCUUUGGAUCGUCAAGAAAUGACCGCCAUUGUAAAUAACACUAAAAUGGCAACAGCUUUAGAUUUCGUCUUUCGCACUGGAAUGAUCUUUUGGAGUGAUAUCAGUGAAAAAAAAAUUUACAAAGCGCCAAUAGACGAAGGGAAUGAGCGCACGGUUGUUAUCGAGAACGAUCUCACUACGUCCGAUGGAUUGGCAGUUGACUGGAUUUAUAGUCACAUUUAUUGGACGGACUCUGUGAAAGAUACGAUUCAAUUAGCUAAUUUUGAAGGAAAUAUGAGGAAAACUCUAAUACGAGAUCGUAUUCACGAACCUAGGGCAAUAGCAUUGAAUCCUUUGGAAGGUUGGAUGUUCUGGACAGAUUGGAGCGACGAAGCGCGUAUUGAACGAGCUGGCAUGGAUGGUUCUCAUCGAUCGGUGGUUGUUGGCAAUGAUGUUAAGUGGCCUAAUGGCUUAGCUUUAGACUUGAUCGGCAAAAGAAUAUAUUGGGUAGACGCAAAAUUGAACAUCAUAGGUUCUUGUAAUUACGACGGUACCGGGAGGCGAACAGUUCUCUAUUCUCCCGAUAAUCUGAGGCAUCCCUUUAGUAUCACGACCUUUGAAGAUUAUGUAUACUGGACUGAUUGGGAUAAGGAAACGAUUUUUAAAGCUAAUAAAUUCACCGGAAAGGAAGUAGAGGCUGUAACAUCUAUCAGAACGCUUCAACAUCCAAUGGUAGUUCAUGUAUAUCACCCAUAUAGACAGCCUGAUGGAAUGAAUCAGUGCCAGGCUGUCAAUGGGCAUUGUAGCCAUCUAUGUUUACCAGCACCUAAAAUCAACUCCAGAUCUCCACUGUUGUCAUGUGCGUGUCCUGAUGGCUUACGGCUGUUACCCGACGGAUUAAUGUGUGUGGAAAGUGUUACUACAACUGUAGCAUCAACAACGCAAGCAACUACACAGCCGUUUAGAACGCUUGAGCCUCUGAAUAUAACUACAACUCCCAAUCCACUAUCUUCAGCAGAUUCUGAUGAAAAAGGAAGCUUAGCAGUUGAAGCAACAGAUCCUGGCUUAGUCGCCGGUAUUGUGAUAGGCGUAGUGUCUUUAGGAUUGUUAUUACUUGCACUUGUGGCUAUACUCUGCUAUAGACAUUAUCUUCAUCGUAAUGUCACUAGUAUGAACUUUGAUAACCCCGUCUACAGGAAGACUACAGAGGAUCAGUUUAGUCUUGAAAAGAAUAGAUUUCCGCUUCCUACGGCUACAGUUGGAGAAGAGGCCCAGGAACCAUUAACAAGUCCUGGAACAAACGAUUAUGUUUAAGACUCAAUAUGUCAAUGCCGAAGGCUUAAACAGGCUACUAGGAAGUACUAUAUCGACCAAGUGAUAAAACCAUGUAAAAAAAACGAGGUAUUUGCGUCGAAAGAGCCUGUCCAAACGCAUCAUGUCUGCGCCGCGCUCGCCCGCAAGCCUGCCAAACAACUGUGAUUAUGUUAAUUUUUUGUAUCUAUUUCUUUACAAAUUUUAGCACUUUGUCAUUCGAAUGUACAUGUAUUAUAUAUUAUGCGUGCGAACGUUUAGAUUUGCUUUAGGACAUAAAGGGAGAACUGUUUAGAGAAACUGUUGCCAAAUAAGCGAUGUUAAACUUUACUUGUGUUAGAUUCGAUAAGAAAUUAAGAUUUCUGCUGAAUAUUUUUCACUUUUUAGUUAAGCAAGAUGUAACAUAGUGCUUUCCACACGGAUUUAGCGUAAUUGUGUUUAAAAGAAAAAUGACAUAUGCAAAAGACUAUAUGCGCUAUAUAUACAUUAGAAAUUUAACUUGUUUAAAUUAUUGUUUUUAAGAAUUUGCAGUGAGUAUCUUGAAACUGACUUUUUGUAAGUUAUAUGUAAAUAAAACAAAGUCUCAAAAUUA